AUGACAAAAAAGGACGAUUUUCAAUUUGACAAUGAAACACCAGCCUAUUCUAAUGAAAUACCACUCAUUAAGGAGCCAGAAGACAAAGGAAACGUUGGUUAUUGGUUGAUGCUUUUAUUUGGUAUUGGAGCUCUUCUCCCUUGGAACGCUAUCCUUACUGCUCUUGACUUUUUUGAGGAAAAGUAAUCAAGAUAUCAACCUUCAUUCGUUUUCGGGUUUGCAGUUAAUAGUCUUCUUACUGUUGUACAAGUUAUCAUUCUACUCUACGGCUAUAAAGUCUCAUAUGUAGUCAGAAUAUCAGGUGGCUUCUUGGUAAUUGCUGUGUUGAUGAUCAUUUUACCAUUGACUACUAAUUAUUUGGGAUCUACAAGUGGAUUCUUUACAGAUAUUGGGAUCCUCGUCAUAUUCGGAGCAAUGGGUGGUAUUGUCCAAGGAAGUGUCUUCGGGCUUGCCGGUAUGCUCCCAUUCAAGUAUAUGGGUGCUGUGAUGUUUGGUAAUGGCCUCAGUGGUAUCACAUUGAACAUUCUGAGAGCAAUUACAUUAGCUGCCUUCCCACCAGGUGUUGAGGGUAGCAAUAAUAACUUCUUGGGUUCUCUUGUUUAUUUCAUCCUAGCCGCUAUCAUCCUAGUAAUUGCUGCGAUUGGAAUGGUUAUCUUUAUGAGACUUCCAUUCGCAUAGUACUAUGUUAGAAGAGCUACAGACGAAAAAAAUAAAACUUAAAAAAGAAUUAGCGGUACUUACAACGAUAUGGAUGAACAAGAUAAGUCAUUGUUAAGUGUUACAAAUGAUAUAAACAAAACCGGACAUGAGAGUGAUAUGACACCUAAAGGUGAUUUGACUAAGGCAAGUCAUCAAACAAUGUCUCCUUUCAUGGCAUUCUUAAUUAUGGUCAGAAGAAGUUUCUUGAUGGCAUGGGAGUUCCUGACUGCUAUUACUUCUGUCUUCUUUGUUACUUUCAUUGUUUUCCCAGGAACUUCUCUUCACACUGGGCUUCAUUUUAUGGAUGGCAUCGAUAAUGCUUCACUCAAGGGGGCUUGGUCUGCUUUGAUUUUAAUUACAGUUUUCAAUGUGCUUGACACAAUUGGAAGAUGGCUUGCUGGCCAGAAGUUCGGAUAAGGAUCUGAUAAAUUUGUCCUUAUUCUAACCUUCGUAAGAGUAAUUUUUAUUGCAACCUUCCUCUUGAUUGCCCUUAAUGUUUCACCAGCAUGGUUAUUCGGUGUUGAUGCUGAUUGGUUCAAGCUAAUUAACAUGAUUCUUUUCGCUUUCACUAAUGGAUAUUGCAGUACUCAAUGCGCCAUCAAAGCUCCAUCAAGAGCUUCAGAUGAUUCUAAAGAAUCUGUUGGCACAUUGAUCGGACUGUUCUUGACUCUUGGAAUCUUCUUGGGUUCUAUUGGAGCCAUUGGAAUGGGAAAGAUCUUCUGA